AUCGGCUUUUUGGCGGGAGGCGGGAACGGGACAGUUGCUUUCUUCAUUGAAUAAUCUAAAUAAUUAAUACGAAGUGGUGUUUUGUGGUUAAUGAUCGCAUUAAGUUAGUCGGAAGACAUUCGCGAGUGUUAUUAUAUUGGAGUAUUCAAUAAACAAAGUGUAUCUGCCUAUUUUCGCUUCGUGUCAGGAAGCCGCUUCAUAACUCAAAAGUUUAUGCGGACUUUUGAGUUAAUUCGUUUGGGGUUCGGAGUAGGAGUCUACUCCGAGGGUGGGGGCUUAGGUUUCAUCAUCAUCACCUUUCAUCAUUUCAUUAAUCAUCAAGAAAAAAAAUACGUCAGACAUGGCUGUAUGGGCAUAGUUCCCUUUGCCUUACCCUUCGGGGAAAACCAAACCAAAAAAAAAAAAAUUGUGCGGUUAUCGUUUUUGCAAUGUGAUUUUGCGAUGUUUUCUAAGAAAUUAGAUGCGUUUGCAUUUGUUUUAACGGAUAUGCAUUUGUACUAAAUUAAAAUGGAUAGUCCUAAAAUGUUAUCGGGCUAUGAUCUAGUGGCCCGGGGAACUACAAAGAUCGAUAGGACUCUGCCAGAAGUUGGUCUAAAAGAUGUGAUGCCAAAUGGUUCAUGGUUAGAAAAUAAACAGAUACAGUCGGCGCUAGAAGCAAGAAAACACCUCAUUGAAGUUGAAAGGAUUGAAAAAUGUGGUGUUCUAAGCCAGGCUGUGUGGAGAGAAGAAUUGAUGUUGGCUGAAGUGAUGCAGAAAGCCGGUGGACACUGGCAGUACCUCGGACAUAAUGUUGGCAAACAGCUGUACCUAAAACCUGAAGAGGCCCUUUUCUUGAUGGAAGUUAACUGCCUUCAGCUAAAGUACAAUGAUGUAAUAGUAUCUUUACAACAGGCAUACUCCUUACUAUUACGAAGUAAUAUAUCACUCAUGCACUACAAAGUCUAUGCGUCACUUAGUAGAGUAGGUUACAAAGUUUACCGACAUAAAGAUAAGAAAGCAAUAGAAUGUGCCAAGAAAUUAAAUGUAACUCCAUAUCCAAGCGAAGAAACUUCUCAGGGUGCUGAAAAUGAGGCGACGGAAGCAGAUAAAACAAAGGUUAUUGAAGAAAAUGAGACUGAUGAAAACAUGGAUGAAGAAAGUGCUGUAGAUACUAGCAAAAGUGCAGAAGAAAUAGACAAGGAAGAGGAAAGAGAUAAAAUUGAAACUAGAAACCAAGAAGAUACUGUUAGCAGUUCGGAAGCCACUGCUAGUAUUACUCAACCUCCAGAUGACAGUACUUCAACAGAUAUCACAGAACUAAAUGUUACUAAUACUAUGGACACAGGGCAAGAUGCAAAUCAAAAGACUGAUUCUAACAUAGAAAUGCCAAGUAAUAACGAAACAGUUUCUCUCGAAAAUCCGCAAGAGGUUACGCCGUCAACUAGUGGGAAACAUAUAAGAAUUUCAGAGAUUUCAUACUACCAGAACAAAUUACAUUCACUGGAGAAAAGAAAGGUAAAACCAUGUGAUUCAAAACUCCUUGAAAAAAACUUUGAAAUAAUUCCCGAUUUUUCCAAAACAACUCGUGUGACCAUGACAGCACCUGAAGAACAGUAUAUUCCGAGAAAUGUAUUCCUGAAUAAUAUUUCUUAUAUAUUAAACCUGGAAAAUAUAACAGUAAAAUCAAGCAGCAGGCGGAAUUCGAUGACAUAUAGCAUCAAUGAAGAAGCAAGCGGCAAUCACGUCAGGCGAAUCAGGGAUACCAACCCUAGCAAUCCAGCAGAAAAUUGGACCCCACCUCAAAAUACAAUAUUUUCAGUGUCCAACGUACAUUUUAGACCUCGAAAUUUCUGGAGACCACCAAACAAUAUGAUCUUCCUCCCUUUUAAUUUCACGUUUCAAAGGCCGUUUAUGCCUAAUGUAAACUUCAUGGCAAGGUUUCGUCCACCGAUGAGACCACCGGUAUUUUUACAAAUGAAUCCCAGACUUGUGAUUCACAAUCAGCCAAACAAUGAAAACGGGACCUCUCCAAACCGAAAAAGAACACGAAACAGGACCAAAAAGACGCAUUUUGAAGCUAUCAAACACCUAGCGACAAGACUGAGACAACUCGUGGAAUCUGGCAACACUCAACCACAGAAUAUCGACGCCCUUCACAGGUUAAUUCAGACUUUUAAUAUAAGGUAUCAUAUGAGAUUGCGUCUCACAAGCACAUUUGAAGUAUACAAUGAUGAAAACAUAGUAGAAACAAUCUCUCUUGAUGAUGACGAAGAAACAAGCAAUAAAAGAGUUAGAUCAGACAGUGAUAAUACAUAUAGUGAGAAUUUAAAUAAAUUAAAGCAACUGGCAGGGAAACUGAAAGAUAUGGAAACAAAAAAAAUUAGUAACUCUCGGCAAAGACGUGCAUUUUCUAGUCUAUUAAAACGUUUCAACAGAUCUUACGAUGCAGAGCUAUAUUUAAGUAAUAAUUUUGAAGUGCUAGAUAAAAGAUUUAUAACACUCGAUUCUUCGUCUGAUUCUGAUUGCGUUAUAGACGAAUCUCCAGCAAGAUAUAGUGGAAAGAAAUUGAAAAAUCCCUUUAACAUCCUUAAGAGGCUUUCCGAGAAAAAACAUCUAAGAACUUCAACAUCAAAUGAUAAUGAAGGCACUAGUGAAAAGGAUGAAGUAAAAGACAAUAAAUACAGUAAAGAAAUCACAAAAAACUUCGAUAAGAAUUGGUUGCCAAGUGAAGAAGACUUUGGCAGAGCAGAAGUGGUUGCAAAAAACCUUAUGAAUUGUUAUCUGAUGGACAACAAAAGGGAAGAAUUCAUAUUUGAUUUUAUUAAAAGUCAACCAUUUGAUUUUGAAAACUGGGUGGAUAUAAAAACGUCGUUUUUAAGGAGUAUUCAAGAAACAACCGUCAUGAUGCAAGAUGGCAUACAAGAGAAUAGUUGCAAUAUAGACUCGCUAAUAGGGCCCGAAGACGGCAAUGAUAUGCGUUCUGUAUUGAAGAAACUCAGUAUAAUACAGACUAACAAAGAAGUUGAUGACGAUUCUAGUCUUACCAUUCACUUUGAUGUCUAUAAUAGAGAUGUACAGAAUUUUAGAAAAUCAAAUCGACCCAAGCCACAUUUUAGGGUCAUUUGUAUCAAUGAAACCAUUUCACCUCCUACUGGAAGAGACAUCGCGUCUCUUCACUCUAAAUACGACGAUAAUGUUCCGAUCGUAUUCGCUAUCGUCGGUAUCGGUUCUAUCUCGUAUCUCCAGAUUAACCCGAUUGAUUUACCAGUUUAUAUAUCAAAUAGCGACCUUACGUGAAUAUUCAAUGUUUUUAUGUAGUGAAAACGUGAGUAUAUGCCAUUGCUGACAUAUCGUAGAGAUUGGCAAAAUCACAGGCAAAAUAGAUUUGAAAAUUUUCAUAAUUGGAACUGUGUUUUCUUUCUUAAUCUGCCAGUGGCAUAUUUUUUUCAUAAAUGACAAAUAGUUCAAAUUUGCUCUAUCUUGCCAAUCUGUGACGUAUUUUUUCUUCCAUGAACAUUUAUUGUUACCUAGUAAUUUAAGUAAAUGUCAACCUAUCAAGAGCAUAAGGGUAAAUUAAUAAAAUGUGUCUUAUCAA